ACGCCCAGAUGACAGCAGAUGUUGAAAUUGGACAGUGUUCCAGGGGUUCCACGGUAGCUUUUCAGUGUGUGAUCUCGAAUAAAGCCAGAACGUUUCAUGUCACAUUCCCAGCUGAUGUCUGAGAGCAACUGUGAAUAACACAGGUCCAAACAAAAAGCUCCAGGGAAGGACUGUAGGCUUCUCUCUCCAUCUGCGCACUGACAGGUUAUGGCUUCAGUAGCCCAACUGGUCUUGUUAACUUAUUAGGAUCAGUAAGGCUCGCCACUCAUUCUGGGACAGGCCACUUACAGGGAGAACAGUACACCAUAUUCUGCCAAAGUCCAAUGAUAGACGUCUAGUAUCUAGAAUCUGCAAUAACUUUCGAAACCGUCCCAAAUGCAUCAUAGGUCCAUCGUCCAUCUUAGCUGUAUAUUCACUGGGGAUGCUGAGUAGGAUCGAGUGUGAACACCACUCUUCUGCUGUCUAUAGAGUGAAAACACCACUAGUGCUAUUCCAGAUCAAUACGUAGUGACUAAGGCGCAACUUAUGAGUGUUACCUUCAAUCAUCAGAAAGCGAAAGUAGUUGGUGCUUCUGGUUGCUGGUUGCACCAGAUGGUCUGGGUUUAAGUGAAUGCCUACAAGAACAGUAUUGACCGCUGGGCUGAGGAAUCUAUCAAGGAAAGGCAUCCACUCCAUUGCGAGCCCACAUGUAACUGUAGGAUACGAUUCUGGCAGCUGUAAUAGCUCCUCCUGUUAGUCCAUACUAUAUAACGAAUGAGAUUUGCUUUUAUGGUGGAGUGUUUUCGCCAGCUGAACAAAGGAAACUGUGACCAUUUUCUCAACCGGUGCUGUGUAGUUUAUGGAAAUAUUAAUCUAGUCAGAAGGACGGAAUAAAUCUGUCAGAUUCCCACUGACUGGCCGAGAAGGCUCACUAUCGCUUUUACUGAAGAAAAACUUUGUUUAGAGAGUGCAGUUACGUAAAUGUUGUGCUUUUAGGUGGUUUUCUUGGCUAAAUAAUAACUGUUCUCUGGUAUUAGACUCUGAAGACCUGCGAUCCCACCUUAGUUCUUGGUUGAUGUUACUAUGCUACCCCUCUCACCGGAAGCUGGAAUGAAUGGGGAAGACUGAGUAGCUUUGUUGCCUCUAGUUCAUCAGCACAGUGUCACGAGCUCGACACUUUGAAAAUAUUACCUCACAGACAUCCCAAGCGAAUAUAGCAUUUUGGACUGACGAGACUUAUAACAGUACAAAACUGGAAGCAUCAAGAGGAUCUACGAGGAUUCACGGAAGGUCCAUUGAACUUUCUACUCCGGUAUAUUUUGUUAAGUCGGCCGCUUUAUUCGUAAAAAAAACAACAACAACAAACAUUUGAAUGUUCCUCCUAGCAUUAGCUAGGAAGAUUUAAAUACUAUUGAACUGGUUUUUUUUAUGACAAGAGAAAUUAGAUCCUGAAGUUGCAAUCUGUGCCGGUUUAGUGAAAAAGGUUUUGGGUGCUUCGCCCACUCAAACACAAUGGCGUUGUGCCAUGUAAAACAUUUAGAGGAUUGCAGUUAUCCAACGUAGAUGUUUAAUUUAAGCACGCAAAUUCUCACCUAAGUGAUUUAAACCAUGUUCUGUUAAAAUUUGGAAGGCAGAGAGUAGUAUUUUACUUUGUAUUACUCCUACGGGCAGCUCAUACAAUCCGACUUGGCUGGUACGUCAGCUGCAAUGAGGCGCAGCUGAUGGGCACCUCAUCACACUGUGCGAGCUUGUUCUAUGAAAAAAUAUACUGCAAAAAAUAGUGCAAAAACGAUCUAGUAUUCGUGUUGGAGGAAAUACUCUCGAACUAGGUGCAAGAAUACCUUUUCGAGUAGUUUGUGAUUAUUUGUCCUGUCAGAUCAGCAACCAGUGCCGUCUCCCGUCUUGACGUAAUAAAAACUGGAAGAUGGCUGCCAGUUUGCUGAAGAUGGUUCUCCGUCGCCAUUGCCGGCUGGACGCUGGCUGCCGCAGUCAGUUCUCUCUUCCGGCUCUCGUCUCGUUUCUGGUGAUGGUGCUGCUGACAACGCAUCCAUCGUCUGCGAAGAGGCUGCGUUUGGGUGACGGCGUGGAGAUUGCAGACUCUCAUGUAUUGCAACGUCAGAAUAUCAUGGAGGGACAUCUUCACACAGCUUCGACACCGGCUGAUGACGCUGAACAUUUGCUGACAUUAUUACCUGUUGGGGAGCCUGAACUACCAGAUAAGAGGUUCUUACAUGAAGUUAGAGAAGGGGACCGUGGUCCACAUUUACAUGAUCCAGCUCCAAGCCUAACUGGUAAGGACGAAGAAGAGCUUCAGCCUUCUCUAAACGAGUACAAAGUCUCAAAGACACCCUAUCGUAAGAUACUGGAUGGCCAUGGUUCAGUGGUCGAGCAGCUACUCACAACAGCGUGGGAUUCAAAUAAACUUGUGAAUGAUGGCAAUCCAGCUGAUUCUGAAGGCGAGGGGAACAGUAACCUCGAUUCUCCAGAUCAAGAAAUGGCAGAGUCUGUUCUCUCUGGCGAACACGAGGAGAGUAAGAUCAAACGUUCUCCUCGUCUGCCACGUUCCCCAGUUACAAGUCGUGGUUUCCUCGGAUUCUCCUCCAGCCCAAACGGAUAUGGAGUGGAUGAAGCACAAGAACAGAGACCCUUUCAUGUGUCAACUGGCUAUGACAGUUCAGAAUCAAGUGUCAACCCAAGCGUGGUAAAUAAUCAGCAGCAGUACCUACAGGAAGGGCAGUGGAAUAUACAUGCACCCCAAAAUACACAUGCCAGUGCGUUUACAGAAGCACUGUACCCACUACACCAGAGAAAAUUGUUACAAAUUCGUAACGGGAGAGAAAACAUCCUCCCUCAGACCACACUUGGAGGAAGGGCAUCGUUUGGAAAUGGAGAAUAUGCUCAUUCCGCUUUAGGCAGCGAAUAUAUUAAAAACACAUUCCCCGCAAAUCUUAGGAACUACAUUUCCCAGGCAAAUGUUUCCCAGAAAAAGACACUGCAGAAUAAGAAGAGGGAUCUGUCACUACAACAUGUCACUCUCGGGGAGAAUGUGGAGCCUGGAACAUCACAGAAGCCUACAUUGUACAGAUCUUCUGCAUUGGAGGAGUUCAACAGAAAUGACCGGCCUAUUUUGGAAAACGCUAUCACGAGAAUGGUUAUGGGAGGAGAAGGACAAUGGGAUAGAAUUGUCACAGAUCAUUUCUCUAAGCUGUUCCAGCCAGUGUCACAAAACGAGGCAGUGAGCCUCUCUUCACAUCACAGCGUUCCACUAGCUGUGUCUGAACAAGUGGCGUCCAUCCUGCCGAUAGACGACAAGCCGUCUGAAUACGACCACACGACAGGCUCUGUACCACAUGUUGAAGAUGUGGGUGGUUCUAUGGAUGAGGGAGCGCUUGUUCUCGAGACCAGCGACCAACAGCGAUUUUGGUUGGAGGGAGAAAGUGGUCUACUGCACAACAUCUUCAUCAGAUCUGAUUACAUGAGUGGACUCACUCCAACUAUGGAGCCCCAUGUAGGGAUCAGGAUCUUCAAGAGAUCAGUGGGCACUGGAGGACUAAGGAAAGGCGGUGUUGCUCACUUGGUUAAAAUGAUGCAAGAAGGAGCUGACAGUCAUACCUCAGCAGCACUGUCUAAGAGGUCUCCUCUGUCUACUGGGUAUGUGGCUGGCAUCACUGCUGACGUGGAUCACCACCAGCACCACGAGCACAUGGCCGUGGCAGCGACUGCUGCUGCUCAUCACCACGACACUAUUCCUCCGGCUGUCAUCCUAUCGUCAGGACACCACCACAGCGGCGACACAGCCCAUCACCUGGUAUCGAAAUCUGAAACCACAGUAGGGGGUAGCGCCGGUGGCGCCAGCAGCGGUCGCGGUCCGAACCAGGAGGACUCUGGGCCUGGUACUUUGGUGGUGCUGCAUCCGCCACAGCCGCUGGUCGCAGCGCACGCUGAUGACGACACCAUACACGUCAUCGCCGCAGUGCCGUUCGCCGUCGCCCACCACCACGAACUGCACCACGAGGCAGACCACGUGCUGUCGAAGAGCACCACGCUGACCCUAGCCCAGCACGACAGCGACCCACACGUGCUGGCCAAGACGACGACGGUCACCACGGUGACGCAGCACGACAACGCGCCACUGCUCGUGGUGCACGCACCGGACGCUCCCGUGGUGCUCCUUCACCACCCAGCUGCAUCCCAGUCCUCCACGUCGACCACGACUGUGCACAAGCCGCCAGUCACACACAACCUGCUCCGCGUGCCCCUCGGUGGCUUCGGAGUCGGAGUCACGUUCGGUGGUGCCGGGGCGGGACACGGCUUCUAUGCAGCAGGGUGACACACUCGCUGCCUCUGACUCCAUAAAUAGUGUUCGAGAUCACGAUUUAAUCUGUUUAUGUAGAACAUCCAUCCAAUAAACAGCAGAUUCUCUGGGGUGAUAAGUAACCACACAUUUAUUUGUUUAGGAAAUUCGAACACAAAAACUAUUUUGAGAGUAGUCUCAUCAACGUUUUUCACGUCUGUUGUUGUUGUGGUCUUCAGUCCUGAGACUGGUUUGAUGCAGCUCUCCAUUCUACUCCAUCCUGUGCAAGCUUCUUCAUCUCCCAGUACUUACUGCAACCUACAUCCUUCUGAAUCUGCUUAGUGUAUUCAUCUCUUGGUCUCCCUCUACGAUUUUUACCCUCCACGCUGCCUUCCAAUACUGAAUUGGUGAUCCCUCGAUGUCUCAGAACAUGUCCUACCAACUGAUCCCUUCUUGUAGUCAAGUUGUGCCACAAACUCCUCUUCUCCCCAAUUCUAUUCAAUACCUCCUCAUUAGUUAUAUGAUCUACCCAUCUAAUCUUCAGCAUUCUUCUGUAGCACCACAUUCGAAAGCUUCUAUUCUGUUCUUGUCUAAACUUUUUAUCGUCCACGUUUCACUUCCAUACAUGGCUACACGCCAUACAAAUACUUUCAGAAACGACUUCCUGACACUUAAAUCUAUAUUCGAUGUUAACAAAUUUUUCUUCUUCAGAAACGCUUUCCUUGCCAUUGCCGGUCUACAUUUUAUAUCCUCUCUACUUCGACCAUCAUCAGUUAUUUUGCCCCCCCCCCCCCAAUAGCAAAACUCCUUUACUACUUUAAGUGUCUCAUUUCCUAAUCUAAUUCCCUCAGCAUCACCCGACUUAAUUCGACUACAUUCCAUUAUCCUCGUUUUGCUUUUGUUGAUGUUCAUCUUAUACCCUCCUUUCAAGACACCGUCCAUUCCAUUCUACUGCUCUUCCAAGUCCUUUGCUGUCUCUGACAGAAUCACAAUGUCAUCGGCGAACCUCAAAGUUUUUAUUUCUUCUCCAUGGAUUUUAAUACCUACUCCGAACUUUUCUUUUGUUUCACAUCUAACUACCGACAUUUAUAGAAAUCUGGAGCGAAAUUGUCGUCUCCUACAUGCGAAAUUCAUAUUGAAAGUGAGUGACAAGAAACUUGAAGGCCAAAACUAGUUGUGUGUAGUUAAACAAAUUUUACAUCUGGAACUGCUUUCUUACCUAAUGUCUCAAUAAAGCAGUUAGUCCUCUUACAGGAACUGCCAUCAAUUGCAAUCUUUGCUGCAUGCUAUUAAGUCACAGAGCAAAUAUAAAUGCACAAGCUCAGGAAGUUCAAACAACAAAGCACAAACACACCCUCUAUAACUUUUCAUAACUAGAGCUGAUGAGAGCCCUACAUAGAUCAGAGCUGGUUAGCGCCUGAGGCAUGGACUCACCCUACAGUUUAUAUACUUAACUGACACGUUGUAGGCAGCCCGUCACACAUUUGUGAACAGUACCUUCACUAAGGCUGCAAAAAUGUGACUCCGCUGCUGUAUGUGCCACUUCAAUGUGUUACCAGUCCUGCAUUCGGAAAUAUGGUGAAUGAGAUGGAAAUAGCUAACAAAAGUAGAAAUUUCCUGGUGUAAAAGGUGGAAACUCAGUGAAAAACCGCAUAUGGAAAACUAUGGACGUGAGUUUUUUUAUGGUUUGCAGUACUGCUACAAGAAAACUACACAUCUGAUAACGCUUCAACUUGAAACAUGUGUGAAUGACAAAUGUUUUCUUUGAUGUUAAUUCUUGUUAUUUUCUUUAAAAAAUAUAUAAUUAUGAAUUUAAUUAAUGGUAAAUUCAAAUAAAACACAA